GGCUCAAACCGUGUUCGUCUUUGUUGCUGUCAAGACAGAGAGAAAAGCUGGCGUCCAUAACGGGACUGCGCCUUUAUGCAGACUCCACAUCAUUAGAAUGCGGCUGUAGGAGUGUGUCCGCGCUGCACUACAGGACUUUAAACCUGCAUACUAUCGUACUUUAAGCUAUUCCGUGCCUCUCUAUUCGCACCACUACUAAUAUCCCUUAUGAUAUUUUAUGAGCGACUUGUAGCGUAUCAUCCGGCUUAAAUGCGCUAGGAUUAGUGUAGUUCGCCAGCGAUGUGUUUGCUUGUCGGAGUCGAUGGAUGGGAUGUGGUGUCUCACGUUGUUCUGGCGUGGACGUGAGCAGGAAAUGCCACCGUGCACAGGCCCGUCCACCCCGUGUCUCAGUGUGUUGUGAAUUCUUUCAACAUGACAGCCCUGCGUCAGAGGAAGGGCAGCCGGGGGAAGGAGCCCCCGCUCGGCGCAGAGUUUCAGUCCCAGCAGUCCAACUGUUGCACCAAUCAUCAUCCAGAGAAGAUCUUGCAUGGUGAUUGGUCAUGGGGGGCCAUAAUCUGGACAUCUGUGGGUUGGUCUGUGUCUGUUGGUCUCGGCCUGCUGUGCUGUAUCUACAUGGCCACACUACAUGAGAACGACCUGUGGUUCUCCAACAUUAAGGAAGUGGAGCGGGAGAUAUCCUUUCGGACGGAGUGUGGACUGUACUACUCAUACUUCAAGCAAAUGUUGCAGGCCCCAUCCAUACAGGAAGGGCUCUCCGAUUUGAUCCAUGACAACUUGACAGAAUCCAAGAGGACCAUAAAUCUCCUACAGCGAAUGAAUAUCUACCAAGAGGUCUUCCUCAGUAUUCUCUACAGAUUGUUGCCCAUACAGUCAUAUCUGGAGCCGGUGUAUUUCUACAUUUACACAGUGUUCUCGCUACAAGCUGUGUAUGUGAUUGCUCUGUACCUCACAGCAUGGCUGCUGUCUGGUUCCUGGCUGGCUGGUACGCUCACUGGGGUCUGGUACAUCCUCAACAGGGUGGAUACCACUCGUGUGGAGUUCACCAUCUCCCUCAGGGAGAACUGGUCUCUGCCCUUCCUAGCGCUGCAGGUCACAGCUAUUACCUGCUACCUACGGCCUCAGCUCACCACCCUACAGCAGAAGGUGAUGGUGUGGUUGAUGUAUGUGACCACAUUUUGUUUCUGUCUGACAUGGCAGUUCAACCAGUUCAUCCUACUUGUUCAGGCUCUCGUCAUAUACACCCUCGACUGUGUCGACUUCUUAACAACUACACAGGUGACCACUCUGUACCUUGUUCAAGUGAGCGGCCUCCUCAGCGUGUGGCUCCUCCAGUUCUGUAACUCCAUGAUACUGGGAUCACUGGUCCUGAGCUUCAUCGUAGCAGCACUCUUCAUCAGACACUUCCAGUCUGGUUUGAAGACAGGAAGCCUGCUGGUUCGUCUGGGAAAACUGCUUCUCCACAGCGCCGCGGUUCUUCUCCUCACCUUCACCAUCAACUACCUGGCCAAGAAAGCACUUCAGCUCAGAUCAGAUGAACACAUCUUCAAGUUCAUCAAGUCAAAGUUUGCCCUGGGGCCGACAAGAGAUUUCGAUGCCAGUCUGUAUCUGUGUGAGGAGGCCUUCGGCGUGCUGCCCCUUGACACACUGGAGCGCCUGGCUGGCACCCUGCUACUGUACCCCUACAUCCUCACACUGCUGCUGCUCAGCGGCUUGCUGGCAGGGGCUGCACUGCAGAACAUGAGCAGACCUAAAGGGGGUUCAGCUGAGGAGAAGAAAGGAGUCGUAGAGGGGCGGCUGGUGGCUUUUCGUCCAGAUGUGGCCUAUAAUCUAUUGCAUACACUGUUCUACGGCCUCCUGGCAUUCAGCACUAUGAGGAUGAAGUAUAUCUGGACCGGCCAUAUGUGUGCAGUCGCGGCCUAUGGUGUGUGUGGGACGGAGUUGUGGACUCUGCUUCUCAACACUCUCCGCUGCAACAGUAAAGUUCUGUUAAGGCUUGUCAGAUAUGCAGUUCCACUGGCGAUGAUCGGUUGCCUGUAUUACAAGUUCUGGCCUAAGCUAAUGGAGGAGUUAUCAGAACUGAGGGAGUUUUAUGAUCCAGACACUGUGGAGCUCAUGACCUGGAUUAGCACAAAGACCCCUAAGCAGGCUGUAUUUGCAGGCAGCAUGCAGCUGCUGGCUGGCAUCAAGCUGUGCACAGGCAGAGUUCUCACCAACCAUCCCCAUUAUGAAGAUAAAGACCUGCGGGAGAGGACCAGACAGGUGUAUCAGGUUUAUGCCCGCCGGUCCCCGGAGGAAGUCCAUGCCAUCCUGAGGGCCGUCGGGGCCGACUAUGUGGUGUUGGAAAACAGCAUCUGUUACGAAAGGAGGCACAGGCGAGGCUGCAGACUGAGGGACCUGCUCGACCUGGCCAACGGACAUAUCAUGGACGGACCGGGAGAGAACGACCCAGACCUCGUGCCUUCCCCCCACCCUCGAUUUUGCGAGACCAUCAAGACAGACACGGCGGCUUACACCUCUCUGUUCACCAGAACAUUCCAAAACAAAACCUUCCACGUGUACCGGGUCAAAAAGAAGCGCAAGAAAAGUGCCAAGAGCUCAUCAGAGCCCAGUGCGACUCAAUAGCAGGAGCAGAAAACUCGUCAGAGGCCAGAGGGGAGAGGGACAGAGGAGGAGGAGGUGAAGAAGAAGAAGAAGAAGAGAUAAAAGCAGUGAAUCCUCGCUGUUCCUCUGUCUCCUCUCUGCACUGUUCCCAGCUGUGAUCGUGGCCAUUAUUUUUUCAGCACAUGGCUCUGUGAACUGUGGUUUUAGAGCAAUGGGGCAGUUCAAGCUCGGGGCUGCAUUGUUUUAGUUAGUGGAGUGUGGAAGCACCUAUAGGAGUCCUGCUUUGGGCUGCUCAGUCUCCAGCCGCCCACCCCGCACCUUCUCUCAGCGCUUACUGGUGCACAUGAACAGACACAGAAACAACUGUUAGACCUCAACAGGGUCUGGAACACCACAAGCAGCUACUAAUAAUUGAGUUUCAUUUGAAGUAGUCAGUGUCUUUUCUUUCACAGUAUCAUGAAGAGAUCACAAUCCUUUUCAAUUACAGUUGUUAAUUCUUAAAAUUAGAACAGAAUGAUCUAUUUUUCAUACAGCGGCUUGGGGUUCAAAAUAUUCAUCAGAUCUACUCAUCGAGUCAUUAAUACAGCAUAUUAUACAUUUGCUAUUGAGCUCUGCUCUCUGCCAGUGAUAAUCAGGGGAGAAGAUAAAAGAUUUAUGAAAACGUUUAGUUCAGUUUAACAAAUUUGAGAAUGCUUAGAACCUGAUCCAGAAUGGAGCUGGGAGUUGGACCAGAACCCUAGUUCAGAGUUUUAUGAGCUUCUAUUAACACGGUACAUUUUUGGAAAGUGCAGUUCUUACUUGUAUUAGUUCUAAGAAGAAUAAAAGGUAAACAUUGGAGAUCAAGUAAGCUUUAUAAAAGAAAAGGAAAAAAACAAACAAACAAACAAAAAAACGCUGCCAGUGUUUGAAUGUGCCAUAUUUGAACAGUGUAGGUUAGAAAUGAAGCAAAGGUCUCUGUAAAAAUCCUAGAAAAUACAAAAACAGUGGAAGAGUUUAAGUGGAAUAAAUGAUGAAGAUCUGAAUGAAAAUUACCUAUAAUUAUUAGUAAUUUAACUCACUAAUAUCGGUUAAUCGGUUACUCUAAAUUUUCCACAGGUGUGAAUGUGAGGGUUAGUGGUUGUUUGUCCCUGUAUGUCAGCCCUGUGAUGAACUGGCGACUUAUCCAUGGUGUACCCCGCCACUAGCCCAGUGUCAACUGGGAUUGGCUGCAGCCACAAAGUGGCACAACAAAUUGUGUCUCUUUGUGAAAUAUUUGGUUGAAGACGGUUGGUGAGCUACUGCAGCUAACUACUGCAACUAACAUGCUAGCUUGCACCUCUAUUUUUUCUGUUGUGUGGCAUGGCAUUAUGCUCUCCCAACAUUUUGCACAUGAGUUAUUUAAUGGAGACAAGCUUGCUAACUUUUUUUUUUUUUUUUUUUAGCUUUAGCAAUUCUUCACAGUUCAUUUAAAAGACGGGUUUGUAGCAUUGACUCCUGUCUCAACAAUCUGCAGACCAUUCCUCUGUUGUGGAGCAGCUGCUCUAUCUGAGUCGAUAGGCCCACUGACUGUCUGUCAGGAGAGCUUUCAACCAAAUCACAAAGUCCUCUAAAAGUGCCAUGGAUGAGAAAGAUCAGUCUCUGCGAGAACUGAGCAAAUAAUGACCAACCCAGACUGUUAUGGCCGAAAGUUCCAGAAAAGUAAAUGGAACUUGAGCUGGGUAUGCCCGAGUCAGUUGACUCUGCAGUAGACAAGGGUUUUUUAUUAACUCAGCUCAGCUCAGCUCAGCUCUGAUCUAAAUGUAAGACCCGAGUGAACAUGCUAAAUUCUGACUUAUUUACUGUUGUUUUUUUUGGUUUUUUCUUUCAUUUUAAAUGACUAUUUUCUACAGUCACUAAAAUUUCAAUGCUGAUUUCAUACUGGUAUUUUCUGAUUUGGGUAUCUGAAAAAAAAAAAAAUAAUAAUAAUAAAAAAAAAAGCUGAUGUUGUCUUCGUCAGCAGUGGUGCCUAUAGGAAAAAGCACUUGUACCAACUUAUACCACACUUGAUUUAGCCUGGACUCAGAUCAGUUAGCCCCUCUUUGGCUCGGCACCUUUGGCCCCACAGAGAUAGAAGUUAUCACUAACCCCUGAAAAGAAACCCAGAAACAAUUGUAUCACUUUUGGAAACCGGCUCCACUGGCGCUUCAUGUGUAUUUGCUGUAUAACAGAGGUUGCAGCUGGUACCAAGUGAUAUUUGUGAUCGUGUUGUUGUUGUUGUGAUUGCUGUUAGCUCUGUGAUUCUCAUCAUCAACAACCUCAACCUUUUCACUCUCUCUUUUAUUCCCCACUCUCUCGCACACGCAUACACACAGCCGCAACACACAUAUGAAUAAUGUAAGUGGCGAGGAAAUUGCGGCAGGGUGACAACGACGACUGAUUCCCUGCUGCAAUCCAAAAUAGUUUGUUGCAUAUCAAGCUGAGGCUUUCAGGUUGGAAAAGAAAGUGGGGAGGACAGAAGAAGCUCAUGUUUAAACAGCGGUGGGGGGGGCGAGAGGUGAGGGCGCAUCAAAACAGAGAUUCACAAUGAUCUCAGCCCCCUCCUCAUGUUCUUCUUUAGAACCAAAGGGAAGGCAGCGGAGAGGAGGUGAUUGAAAGGCUGGAGCUGUAAUUAUGGGUUGGCCAGUCACGGUUUCCUGCUGCAAUGAGACGUUAUGUUCCUAUGACACGCACUCUCUCACACACACACACACACACACACACACACACACACACCUUUCUGUCAUCUCAGUCUGCCUAUAUUUGUACGCUGGUUAAUAAGGUCCUCGGUGUUUGAUAAUCCGCGCUCUCGCAGAAGCAUGAACACUCCGGCACACAGUUCUUGUUGUUGGGGCUUUUGAGAACAUGUUGUUCGUUAACCGCGCAGCCUCAUUGUAAUGCAUACCAAUCGGAUCAGUGUGGAACACCCCCUGCUCCCGCCUUCAUAUUGGAUGUUUAAUUUAGGAGAUGGCUGAUUGCUUUAUUUGAGAGCGGAGUGAUUCCAUUAUGUUUGCCUAAUAAGAGUGUACUGAUGUAAUAUUUUUUCAGCAUUCUUAAUUUCCAUACAUAUUGGGAUUACUAGUUCAGUCGGAGGUGCGCCGUCGGCCUAUGGGUUUCCUAAUGAACGGGAGAAGGAACGGAACAAAGCCAUUAACUUGUGCGCACAUGAAGAAUUCAGCUCAGCACUCCAUUUGCGCUCGAUUUCAAAGGCUAGUCUAUGUCGCUGAAACAAAUGCGGCCAUCUCAAUUCAUAUUUCUGAUUGGGGAAAUGAGAAGACUGAAUAGAGAGAGAGGACAUGAAGAAAGAGGGGGUGGUCUCCUUUCCCAUGAACCAGAUUAAAAGGCCUGUAUUUAUAUACUUUAAAUAAAACAAUUUGCCUCUUCAGAAAUCUAUGAUAACAAGCAAUUGUUUCAUAAAUCUUUGUAAAUUGGCUUUUUUUUUGCCAUUAUAGGCCAAAAGUAUGUGGUAAAGCCUCUGACAAACAAUCUACUCGAGGUCCACUUACUCAGAUGUUCUGGAUCUUGGGUCGCUUGGCUCCCUCAUGUAUUCAUGAACAAGUUGUGUAUUUCCUUUUGCUGUGGUGUGAUUUUAGGUUUGACUGUUUUUCUUCUUAGCGUCUUGUGCCAUGGUUCUCUCUGUUUUUGAACGUCCUGUUAAACUGUGUAAUUAAUACUAUUACUGUUGAUGCAGUUGUUUUCUGCCAGAAUGAACAGCACCGUGUUUUGAAAGCAGCUGCAAUUUUUUUUUAAAACUUGAAGAGAGGCAGUCUCUUUUCACCGUUUAUAGUAACCCAAACAAUACUCACAACUGUGGCAAUCACAAGCUUGCAUGUGAUCGCACUCAGAACAACAUUCCCAUCAUCGCCACGUCCACCGCAGGAUAAACGUCAAGCUUCUUAUACACUUCAACCGUUGUUGUGUGUCAGCCUAUUUACAGAACGCAGAAGACGCUUCACAAACCACUCUCAGGAUAAACUCCUUAACUGAGUUCCUGUUACGUUACACAUCUGUUCAGUAUGCAACCAGAUGAUUAUCGUAAGACAGAGCUCAUGUCUGAAGCCGACUGACACAAGAUUUAACUUUACAUAAAUGAUAAUGUUGUAUCUAUAUUGUUAAGUUUCAUGUGUAAGAACAAGUAUUUCCCUCACAGACUUUAACGUUUAAGACUGGUGGUUUGAUUUGAGACAUUUUAUGUCGUCUUGCUUCAUUGCACCCAUGUGACUGCUGAACGUGUCACUUUUUUGAACCAUGGUUGUAAAAGACGCUGCUGAUCUGCCUCCUCUGAUGUUGGAAACUGGAAACAAGAAAGCUGAAAACUGGCUUGGGCCUGUUGUCGCUGAAGUCGAGGUACAAGUCAACUCAGAUUGAAUUGAUUCCACUGUAAGAUCAUUUGUGUUCACGAGGAACUGCGGUUAUUUGCCAAUCAAAAGCAUCCGAACAGAUGAUCCCACUGAGUCAGUGCCACAGAAAUACAGUGAAAGUGUUUAUGAACGUCAAGUGUCCACAUGGAAAUUCUCUUGAGGGCACACCGAGAUGAAUCUGGGUAACUGAUGCACCUUAAAGGUCACAUAAAAGAGUGGCUCCUGGCCAUAAAUAUCAUCAUCCUCAGCAAAAGUUCUGAUUCAUGGACAGUUUCAUUUGGGACAGCUGUUACUAGUGAAAAACAUCUACUUCUGUGUUUAUCUGUUAGAAGAGUAUUCUGCUAUUAUGUGUCAGUAACUCUGGUCAUUUUUUUUUUUUCCAUUCUGCUUGUUGCUUUUCCAAGAAUCAACCAACACGUUGUACAGCUGGGUUUUUUCUACCGCAGGACAUUCUUCAAUAUCAGAAAGCAUCCCAGCCGGUAAAUGUUUUUUUCUGCAGUUAAAAUUGUUCUCAUAGCAGACAAUUGGUGAGCUGGAUGUGUGAGUCCAGCUGAAACCUUUUUUUUUUUUUUUCCUAUGCCAGUGUUUGACAUCAUGUUCAGUGGCUGCAUGAUCAAUAAAGGUAUUUUUUUCCAACAUA